GUAGCCGUACUCACAGUUAAUUCCUAUUUUCAGAAUCCUUACCUUCCAUACUCUAAAAACUUCUCUUUGCAUUCUCUCAAAGCAAACAGAUUUGAACCUUGAGUUUUACUCUCUUUGCUUACCCUCCCUCCAAGUCUUUAGGGUUUAUGGUCAACAAUCCUUGUAUGAUUUGAUUUGAAGGCGAUUUUCAUAGAGAACAGACAAUUUAAUGGGUAGCUCCGAGUAUUAUGUUUCCCUGAUGAAAGAUGAAAAGAUCAUUUGCAGGGGAGUGUUAUGUAAUCUACCCGAUGAAAUUCCUCGAUUGGAAACGUGGAAGGUGCAGUUCAAAACGCAACCAAAAGAAAAAGAAGGAUUUCGUGAAUUAAAGCUCUAUCCUGCUCCAGAAAAUGAUCACCAAAAGAAAGAAUGGCGCUUGUUUUUAGGUUUCCUACAGGAGCAUAGGAAGAAGGUGGCUUUCGUCGAAGUUGGAGGACAUGUGUUUGAUAUACAUCCUCCAGGAGACUUGAAGUACAGUCAUGCUGUAGUUAGAUAUCAGACAAAGAAAGAGUACAUUCCACAUUAUGAUCACAUGCAUUAUGGGAGUUGUAAGGUUCCUAAUGAUGCAAAUAGCAGUGAUAUUUCUUGCAAUAAAUCAACUGAUAAGGGGGUCAAACUGAAUAGCACAUCUGAAGCAUGGGUGAAGAGUGUGGAUUCACCAGCCAAAUGUUUUCCUAAUAUGUUUAAGGAGGUCACAGGAAAUUCUCAUGCUCCUGAAGUAAAAGGUGAAACGUUUGGUAUGACUGGGACUGAAGUUGAUGGUCUUCCAAAUAGGAAUUACAUUCAGAUGCAUCCAAGUUAUCUGAAGACACUCGGUCAAGCCCACUCUGACUGGAUAUUUGGCGCAAUAGCUGAGCUUGUGGACAAUGCAAGAGAUGCUAAAUCAACCAAACUGGAAAUUUCUAUUGAGAUGGUGCAUUCUAAAGUAGCUGAUGAAGAAAUCCCGAUGUUAUGUAUUACUGAUGAUGGCCUUGGAAUGAACUAUGUUGAGAUCGCAAGAAUGUUAUCUUUUGGUCAUCAACAACCGGAUGUGGAUGAUCCUGAACGUACUGGUAGAUUUGGAGUUGGAUUUAAGACUGGAGCUAUGAGAAUUGGCAAGGAUGCUUUGGUUUUGACCCAGACAACAACGUCCAGAUCUAUAGCAUUUCUUUCACAAUCUCUUAAUGAUGGAAAAUCUAAUUUGGAGAUUCCUAUAGUGAGUUAUCACAGGAAAGGACAACAUAUGGAAGUUGAUACAAAUGUACAAACAAAAGACUUGGCAAAAUGCAAUCUGAAAUCCAUUGAGACGUUUUCACCAUUUAAUAAAUACUUUAUCGGCGUAAAAUCUGCCCAGUUCAAUGCAAAUGGUACAGGAACACAACUAUUUAUAUGGAAUUUAGAUAAAUGGGGGUCCGACUAUUUCCUUGAGUGGUUGGCUGGGGAGACCGCUGUUAGAAGCUCAUCUGAUCAUCAAGGUGACAUCUUUAUUCGUUCAAGAAAGAUAAGAUCACGUCCUGGCCAGACUAGCCACAAGGUGCCGCUAGAUUACUCACUACGUUCAUAUUUGGAAUUGAUCUUCUUAGAUCCUCGAAUGAAGAUCUUUGUCCAAGGCUCAUUGGUCAAAAGUCGACCAUUGGCAAAGUCCCUUGAACAAACUGUCAUUAAAGAUGUUUCUAUAUUGGGAAAACCUGUCCAACUAAUUUUAGGUCGUUGCCAAUUGGAAUGGGAGCAAGCUAAUUGUGGUUUUUUUUUGUAUUGGCAUGGCCGUUUGAUUGAGGCUUACAAGAGAGUUGGAGGAAUGAUUCAUAAUGCAGAUACUGGACGUGGUAUAAUUGGUGUUGUUGAUGUGACUGAAUUAAUGAAUGAUGGGAAUGUAGUGUGGAUCCACAACAAUAAACAAGGAUUUCAAGACUGUGAACAGUAUGUUGAACUUGAAAGGUGGCUUGGCAGCAUAUUUGACAGCUAUUGGGAUGAUAAUUUUGAUUCACUUCAACUGGAAAAAGACGGUUCUCCUUGCAAACCAGACCAUGAUUGGGUGCAAUGUAACAAAUGCAGAAAAUGGAGAAUAUUGCCUCCUAAUUUUGAUUGCAACAAAUUACCUGGAGAUUGGUUUUGUUAUAUGGAGCCUUUCAAUGGUAAAUGUGAAAUUCCUGAGCAGAAGGUUGCACCUAAUAUUGUCAAUGUAUCUACUACAAGGCAUGUUAGUUGGGCUACUGAGAAGAAUGUCUCCGAACAUGGUGAAGGCAUACUUCUUAAAUCAAGCAAUGGCGUAAUUCGAAUGAGCAGUCCAAGGAAGAAGAGGUGUAGUAAUAACAGGACUCAAGAAAACUAUGAGAAGUCUCCUUUUAUUAUGCAACCCCCCAAGGGUAACUACAACACUCGUAAAAAUAUACCCAAAAUGGAGGACGGCGCAAGGGCUCCAACAUUUAGGAAACAUGGGAGAGAGGCUUAAAUGAGUCACAUAGGUAAGAGUUGCAACCAUCAAAAAAUUCUUCUUGCAUCCAACUUUGAAAACUUUUGGGUUUUUUACUUAGAUUGUAGUUGAUUGAAUUAGACUUUUAUAGUUGAGGAUAACAUAGGGGAUCAAGUUUAGGUCUAAGUUUGUCAUCUGUUCAAACAUAUUUCUUCUUUUUUUUCUUCUAACUUUUGAAAAGCUCUAGAAUGGGAUUCUCUCCAAGU